CUCACCGAAGGCCUGAGAAAAAUCUUUAAACAAGAAUGGGACAAACAGCACAAAUUAACAAAAGGAGAAUGGAAAGACGAGCCUGGGAAUGGAAUGGACUUUUAUAACGGAGAGUCUGCCCGAAACCAAAGGAGAAAUGCUCAUCUUUUAACCACAAUGCAAAACGGAAACAGAGAAGAAUGGGAUUGCACAAUGCUUUUCUACGCCAUUCUUUUCUCCGAUUGUGUUGGGCCCAGUCUUAGUGCAACUGUGAGGAUGAACGUGGAUGAUCUUAGAAAAUUCAGGAACGAAGAAUUUGCUCAUAUGAAACAAGGUAGUCUCUCUGACACAGAUUUUCGGAAUGCUAUUAGCAAAGUUGAGGUGGCAUUUCAAGUGCUUGGUCUUCACACUGUCAAAAUUCAAGAUUUAAAAAAUCAGAAAACGUUUCCGACAGAAGAAUUGCGACAGAUCCUUAAAAAUGUUGAUGACCUUAAACAAAAAGUUCAAGAAAAAGAGGAUCAACGCCAGGUCCUUGAAGAUCAGCUUCAGAAAGAAACGCCCUCAUUUUGUAUUCUUCCUCCUAAACCUUCACAUGACAUCGGUGGUCGAGAACGGGAGGUAACCGAAAUACGCCAGCAGUUGGAGGAGCUAAAAGAGUCCAGCGAUAACAGGCUGAGUUGUCUAUACAUCUCAGGGAAUCCUGGAAGUGGCAAGUCACAGUUAGCCGGCCUUGUAGCUAAGAGGUUCUUUAACGAGGUUAAAGAAAUCCCAGGCAGCUCCUCAUUUGUGAUGACCUUAAAUGCAGCUUGUCCAGAUUCACUCUUGGAGUCAUAUGCCUCAUUUGCUCGUCAUUUAAUGUGUCCAGACUAUUCGGUUAUGGAAACCGUCAGCUCAAAGGACUGGAAUGUAGAGGAAAAGAUUGCCAAUCUUAAGAUGCUUAUCGCUGUAAAAAUUAGCUGUUAUACGUCGUGGCUACUGGUAGUUGAUAAUGUCACUACUAUGUCCUCUGUACAUGUCCAUUUACCACAGUCCGGAAUCGAUGCUUGGGCGAGGGGCCAGUUGCUUAUUACAACUCAGGAAAUAAGAUCAAUCCCUCCAAAAAGCUCUUUCGUUAAUCACAUCUCAGUCAGCAAAGGAAUGGCGCCAGUCGAUGCCUGUUCGUUAUUAGUCAAGCUUUCGGGGAUUCAAGAUAAAGAUAUAGCGAGUAAAGUGGCGCAAAAACUGGACUAUCAACCCCUUGCUUUAGCAAGUGCUGCUGUCUUUCUCAACGAGAUUCGACAGAAUAAAACAUCGACACAUUUUGGCUGGACCGAAUACCUAAAGAUGUUAGAAGACGGUAAAAGAGAAACUAUGGAGGAUAUACUCGCAAAUAUAAACCCUAUAUACCCAACGACAAUGACAAAAGCAAUAAACCUAGCUGUCAAAACACUGAUGAGAUCUGACGAACUUGUGAAGCAAAUUUUCACCCUCCUUUCCAUCUGCGCACCACAGCAAUUACACAUGAACGUAGCGAUAAGUUAUACCAUAAACGUUCACAAAGAUUUCCAUGAAGCGGAAAGGGAACUAAUACGCAUGAGAUUAAGAAGAUGCUCACUGUUGCUUUUUGAAGGUGACCACGGUUGCUACUUUAUUCGUGUGCACCAGAUUGUACACGAUGCUAUCAAAACAAUCUUGAGUAACUAUCCAGAGAGUCAAACGCCUCAGGUCGUAAGUAGCGUUAUAACAUCAUUCAAUGAAUUUAUAAGUGCUGUUCCACAGGUGAAUAGGAGACUCGACACCAUGCAUAUCGUCCCACAUCUAAAGGCCUUAACUAUGGCAACCAAACAGAUUUUUGUCCGAGAAAAUCUAUUUCAAGUUCAUGAUAAAGGUAUUUCAAAAAAAUGUGAAAACCUUGCAAAGAUUUGUGAAAUGCAUUGUGAAUUCAACUGGGCAAAAACAUAUUUGAAUCAUUCACUCACUACAAAGCUUGAGGAGGUAGGACCUAAACAUGUUGAUGUUGCAAAAAUCUACAAUAACUUAGCUUUAAUUUACAAGGACUUAGGUGACUUCAUGCAAGCAAAGGAGUAUCAUCAACUUGCGAUAGAAAUCAAGCUCGAGAAGCUCGGCCCUGAACAUCUUGAUGUUGCAACGAGCUACAACAACUUAGCUUUGAUUUACCAGGACCUAGGCGAAAUAGAGCAAGCCAAGGAGUAUCAGCAUCGUGCUCUGGCCAUCCAGCUCGAGAAGCUCAGCCCUGAACAUGUUGAUGUUGCAACAAGCUACAAUAAUUUAGCUGCAAUUUACCAGGACUUACGUGACAUGAAGCAAGCCGAGGAGUAUCAUCAACUUGCUCUAGACAUUAGGCUCAGGAAGGUUGGCCCUGAUCAUCUUGAUGUUGCAACGAGCUGCAAUAACUUAGCUUUAAUCUACGAGGACUUAGGUGACCUCGAGAAGGCCAAGAAGUAUCAGCAACGUGCUCUAGAUAUCGAGUUCAAGAAGCUCGGUCCUGAACAUGUUGAUGUAGCAAGAAACUACAAUAACUUAGCUUCAAUUUACCAGGACUUAGGUGACCUCAAGCACGCCAAGCGAUAUCAUGAACUUGCUUUAGCCAUCCAGCUCAAAAAGCUCGGUCCUGAACAUGUUGAUGUAGCAAAGAGCUACAAUAACUUAGCUUUAAUUUACCAGGACUUAGGUGACCUUAAGCAAGCCAAGGAGUAUGAGCAAAGUGCUCUAGCCAUCGAGCUCAAGAGACUUGGCCAGAAACAUGUUACGGUUGCAACAAGCUACAAUAACUUGGCUUUAAUUUACAUGGAUUUGGGUGACCUCAAGGAAGCCAAGGAGUAUCAGGAACGAGCUCUAGAUAUCCAGCUCGAGAAGCUUGGCCCUGAACAUGUUGAUGUUGCAUCAAGCUACUACAACUUAGCUUCGAUUUACAAAGCCCUGGGUGACCUUGAGCAAGCCAAACAGUAUCAUCAACGAGCUUUAGCCAUCAAGCUUGAGAAGUUCGGCCCGGGUAAUCUUUCUGUUGCAAAAAGCUACAAGAGCUUAGCUUCAGUUUACAAAGCCUUAGGUGACCUCGAGCAAGCUAAAGAGUAUCAGCAACGUGCUGCAGCCAUAAAGCUCCAGAAGCUUGGCGUGUAA